UUGCCGGAUUUCCUCAUUGUCAUUAAACCGAAAGCGCUGCCAAGACGACCUCUGCAUUUCCAAAAGCAUGAAGGUUGACAUACAUAAUCAUAUUUUACCAAAGGAAUGGCCCGAUUUGAAGAAGAGGUACGGCUAUGAUGGCUUCGUCCAGCUUCAGCAUCACUGUAAGGGUGAAGCGAAUAUGAUGAAGGACGGUAAGCUGUUUCGUGUGAUUCAAGAAAACUGCUGGGAUGCAAAGGCACGGAUACAAGAUAUGGAUCGAUAUGGUGUCACAGUUCAAGCCCUUUCCACUGUCCCUGUGAUGUUCAGCUACUGGGCCAAACCACAUGACACCCUGGAUCUUUGUGUCCUUUUGAAUGACGAUUUGGCCCAGACAGUGUGCAGCCACCCCAAAAGAUUCGUGGGCCUGGGAACGCUGCCCAUGCAAGCCCCCGACCUGGCCGUGCUGGAAAUGCGGCGUUGCGUAAGGGACCUGGGCUUCCCUGGGGUGCAGAUCGGCUCACAUAUAAACAACUGGGACCUCAACGCGGCUGACCUUGAUCCCUUCUAUGCUGAGGCUGAAGCGCUGAAUUGCUCCAUUUUUGUACACCCCUGGGACAUGCAGACGGAUGGGAGGAUGGCUAAGUAUUGGCUGCCCUGGCUGGUGGGCAUGCCUACAGAGACCACAAUGGCGAUUUGCUCAAUGAUUUUUGGAGGUGUCUUGGAGAGAUUUCCAAAAUUGAAGGUCUGCUUUGCUCACGGAGGAGGAUCCUUCCCCUUUACCAUUGGUAGAAUUGACCACGGCCACAAAGUUCGGCCUGACUUGUGCGCUGUGGACAACGAGUCCAAUCCCCGGAAAUACCUUGGUUCUUUUUACACCGACUCCCUUGUUCACGAUCCCGUUUCCCUGAAGCUACUGACUGAUGUCAUUGGAAAGGAUAAAGUGAUGCUUGGAACGGAUUACCCAUUCCCACUCGGCGAACUCCAACCUGGAUCUCUUAUCGAAUCAAUGGAAGAAUUUGAUGAAACACUAAAGGAUAAGCUGCUGGCAGGAAAUGCACUAGAAUUUUUGGGCCUCAAAAAGGAACAAUUUAACUAACAUGCAGAUGGAAUCAAACCUGUGACAGCGUUCGAACACUCACAAGUCUGUUGUUGCUGUUGUCAGUCAUUUUAAGUAUUAGCAAGUUUCUUUUGGUCACCACAACGUAUCAUCUCAUAUGAACGCUCAUAUUUGUUUAGCAUAGUUUUUAUGCCCUUGCUGCAACCCAAACCCCUCGUGGGGAGAGGAGGCCCCAAUGGUAUAUGAACUCAUGACCGCUGGUUUGCCAAAACCAAUGCUCUAACCACUGAGCUACAAGGGGUCAGUUGUUUUUCAAUUAUGGUUAUUAUUAAAGUCCAUAAAUCUGUCUGAUAUAUAAGACUACAAAACAUCCGUCUGAAGUAGACUUCAAACCAACAAAAAUGGUUUAAACCAACUAAAAAUGGAUAUUGGGGUGUAAGAUUUUAUCGCAUAAAAUCUGAUUAACAUUAAUUUUCUGUCAACUGUACAUGGAUCAAAUUACAUUAUGAAAUAUGACUAAUCAAUAAACACUUUUUGUUGUUGUUGCUAUACUCAAGAAGCAUGGAUUAAAUUUUUAUAAAAGGCCAGUCUUGUUU